UUUGUGUAAGCAUUGGGUUUUUUAGGAUUCUCUUUUACUCUACCAUGCUUUUGUCAGUCCUUGGGUUCUGAGUCUUUUUUGGGGUUCAGUAUUUAGUUGCGCCAUUGUCUAAAAUCAGCAUCUUUCUGGGUCCUCCUCCUUUUCCCAUCUUCCACUUCCACCUCUGCUUAAAAUUCGAAUUCUUUCUGCUCGAUCCGUGGAUUUUCCCGGUUAAAUUUUCAACCUUUCGUCUCUCAACAAGAUUCUUUGCUUCUUUUGCAUUCAGGUACUGCAUUGGUGGCUAUCUUAGUAAACAAUUAACCCUGUGUGGGAGCUGGGAAUGAAAACCGAGCCUGUAAGUUAUGCAGUAAUGCAUAUAAGGCGUGAUUAAUUUUCUGGACAAUGUCGAGGGUUACUAAGUGGAAGAUUGAGAAGACAAAAGUAAAGGUUGUUUUCCGGCUCCAAUUCCAUGCUACACAUAUUCCACAGUCAGGAUGGGAUAAACUGUUUAUCUCUUUCAUCCCCGCUGACUCUGCGAAGGCUACAUCAAAGACAACCAAAGCAAAUGUGAGAAAUGGAACCUGCAAGUGGGCAGAUCCAAUCUACGAAACUACAAGACUCCUCCAAGACAUUAAAACUAGACAAUAUGAGGAAAAGUUUUAUAAAUUUGUUGUGGGGAUGGGUUCGUCAAGAUCUAGCAUCCUUGGCGAGGCCAACAUCAAUCUAGCUGAUUUUGUUGAUGCCUUGAAGCCAACAGCUGUUGCUUUGCCUCUUAAUGGAAGUGAGCCUGGAGUCACACUACAUGUCACAGUGCAGCUUCUGACUUCCAAAACUGGUUUCAGAGAAUUUGAGCAGCAGAGGGAACUCAGAGAGAGGGGUCUACAGACAACCUCUGACAAAGGAACUCAUGAUGAAUCUGCUGACAGCAAAGAGUCAUCUCCUGACCAGAAUGUCAAUAAUCAUAUAAAUAAGGUUCAUUCAAGAGUGAAAUUGAAAAGAGAAUCUAAAGAUCUCCCCCGCAUUUCUUCACUUGAAGAAGAAUCAGGGGUAAAUGAAGAUUAUGCUGACUCUGCUGCUGGCUUUGAUGGCUCAUCUAGUACUUCUGAAAGCAUAUAUACAGAGAAGCAUGAUAUCUCCAGUACACAUGAAGUGGACAGUCUUAAAAGUGCAGUCUCUUGUGAUUUAGGUGGCCUAUCCCUCAGUCAAAGUUCUCAGCCAGAGAAAGGAGAGGCACCUGAUAAUCAGUUUCCUGCACAGGGUAGUGAUCGGGUUCAUGGUUGGAGCAUAGACUAUUCAGCUGCCAAUAAUUUGGCUGCUGCUUCUGAAGAUAGGAACAGUAGCAGACUUAUGGGAAAUUUGGAAGCAGUUAAGUCGUCUAUUUUUGAUCUAAAACUGAAGGUAAGUUCUUUGCAAAAUCAUGCUGAUGAAAUAGGUGUUGAAACGCAUAAGUUUUCUGAGCAACUUGCUGCUGAGAUUUCAUCAGGAGAAGAAUUAGUAAAGGAGGUUGCAGUACUCAAAUCAGAGUGUUCGAAAUUCAGAGAUGAGUUUGAGCAGCUUAAAAGUUCUAACUUGAGCUUAGCAUUCCCUCAGAAAGAACCUACUGGUACAGAUCCGGAUAGAUUAUUUCAAAAUUUACAGCUUAAAUGGCUUAAGGGGCUUUUGCUCAUGGAAGGGAAGAUAAGAGAUAUUCAGAAGGUGUCUAUGGGAUUUCCAGAAAGGGAUUGGAGGUUCCUUAACUUGGAGUUAGAAGCACUGGCUGAGAUUUUGCAGAAUCUCAAACAAGAAUCUGGAGAGCCAAUUUCAGGGGCCAAAGUUGUCAAUGAAAGAGAGAACAAGAAAAUGGAUUUACAUAAAAGUGAACAAUUUUUAACAGAUAUUGGGUCUGAUGCAGGUUUAUUUCAACCUGAAAGCAUGACUCAUUAUCUUACCAUACCUGGCCCUGUGUCUCACGAGUCUGAUUCUGUUGAUCCUACCCUUCCUAUGAAAGAAAAAGUUUUUGCACUUCUAAGAGAGCUAGAUGAGUCCAAAACCGAAAGGGAAAGCCUUGUACGGAAAAUGGACCAGAUGGAGUGCUACUAUGAAGCUCUUAUUCAGGAACUUGAGCAGAAUCAAAGGCAGAUGAUGGCUGAGUUGCAGAACCUCAGGAAUGAACAUUCUACUUGUCUGUACACAAUUUCUGCUGGUAAGACUGAGAUGGAGAGAAUGCACCAAAAUAUGAAUGAGCAGAUAAUGAAGUUUUCUGAAGACAAGCGCAUUUUGGAAUCUCUGAACAGUGAGUUUGAAAGAAGGGCUGUUUCAGCUGAAGCAGCCCUUAAAAGGGCCAGAUUGAACUAUUCUAUUGCUGUUGGUCAAUUGCAAAAAGAUCUUGAACUGCUUUCUUGCCAGGUUCUUUCUAUGCAUGAAACAAAUGAGAAUCUCAUAAAACAGACCCUUUCUGAUUCUUCACUUCCAAAUACUGAUGGUAGCCCAGAGCCAGUGACAUAUCCUAAACUUUCAGAAGGUCAUACUUCCAAUCGAUUGCUAUGCCGAAAUCACAGUUCUUCCUUACAAAAACAACAUUUGGGUGAAGACAUUUUACUCGGCGAUUUGAAAAGAUCUCUUCAGUUGCAAGAGGGGUUGUACAGACAGGUUGAAGAAGAAAUCAGCCAAAUGCAUUUUGCAAAUAUAUACUCAGAUGUGUUUUCUAAGGCUCUGCAAGAAACAUUGCUUGAAGCAAGUCUUGACAUUCAACUCAUGAAAGAGAAAAUUGUUCAACUCUCUCAGCAGCUGGAGCUUACAAAUGAAUCCAAUGAGCUACUAGUGUUGAGGUUGCAGAAUGCUAUGAAUGAUAUCCUCUCGCUAAAUGAGUACAAGGAGAUUUGCACUGCAAAUAGCAAUGAUAUUGCUCUCCAGAACCUAAUUUUAGAGGCAAAUUUAAAAGAUCUUGCUCAUGAAAACAAUCUCCUUACCGAGAAAAUUAACGAGCUGGAAGUUCUUCUAACACAGUAUAGAAGUUAUGAGGGCAAGUACAUGGCAUGCAGUACAGAAAACUCAGAGUUGAAGAGUUUAUUGAAAAAAGAGAGCCUAGAAAAGAAUAAUCUUCAUGAUGAACUAUCCAUUUUGCAGGAAGAGUUAAAAUCUAUCAGAACUAAAUAUGACGAGCAAGUUUCGAUGAAGGAUAAUCUGCAGAAUAAUGUCAUCUUUUUGUCUAAUAAGUUACAGAAAUUGCUUGCAUCAUAUGAAGAAAGACACAGUGAACUUUCUCUUUGUAGUAGAUCUGCUUGUUUGGAUUCAGAAUGUGAAGACUUAGAAGGCCUCUUAUUGCAACUAGAAGAGCUGCAACAAAGUGCAUUUCGUAGAAUCCUGCUACUCAUUGAAGAGAAGGAGAAUCUAGUGCAUGAAAAACUUAUGGCUCAAGUAUCUUUAAAUACAACAGAAUCAGAUGUUCUAGUCAUGAAACAGAAGUUUGAGCAUGAUUUGCAAGAGAUGUUACAUAAGAUAACUGUGUCAGGUGCCCUUUUGCAGAAACUUCAGUUAGAUUUUGAGGUGAUCAUUAGCAGGAUUAAUGCUGGUUUUGAAGCUGAAGAAUUCUUUUCUCAGCAUCACAAAGAAUUUUUGUCUGGUCUGGAUCAUUUGGAAGCUGAGCUACAACAACUUAAUUCCAGAAAUCAGGACCUUGCUCAAGAAAUUAUAAAGCUAGAUACUUCAUCUAGUGACCUUGAAAUGUAUAAGCUGACCUUAGCAACAAUCAAAGAGCAAAAGAAUGAUUUGGACUUGUCUUUACGGGAAAAAACAGAAGAAUCUGCCAAGAUUUCAUCUGAGCUUGAUUUCUUGAAGAAGAACUUGGAUUCUCUGCAUAAUGAGUUGCAUGCUGAGAAAACUGCCAGAGAAAAGUUGGAGAAAACAGUUUCCAAUCUUACCACAGAAUUGAAUGAGAAGCAAAGCCAGCUGCAGGAAAAGAAAGAUUUGAAGUCAUCUUUACAGGAAAAAACAGAAGAAUCUGCUAAGAUUUCAUCUGAGCUUGAUUUUUUGAAGAAGAACUUGGAUUCUCUGCAUAAUGAAUUGCAUGCUGUGAAAACUGUCAGAGAAAACUUGGAGAAAACAGUUUCCAAUCUUACCACAGAAUUGAAUGAGAAGCAAAGCCAGCUACAGGGAAAGAAAGAUUUGGAGUCAUCUUUGCAGGAAAAAACAGAAGAAUCUACCAAGAUUUCAUCUGAGCUUGACUUUUUGAAGAAGAACUUGGAUUCUCUACAUAAUGAGUUACAUGCUGAGAAAACUGUCAGAGAAAAAUUGGAGAAAACAGUUUCUGAUCUUACCACAGAAUUGAAUGAGAAGCAAAGUCAGCUGCAGGGAAAGAAAGAUUUGGAGUCGUCUUUACAUGAAAAAGCAGAAGAAGCUGCCAAGAUUUCAUCUGAGCUUGAUUUUUUGAAGAAGAGCUUGCAUUCUCUGCAUAAUGAGUUGUAUGCUGAGAAAAAUGUCAGAGAAAAGUUAGAAAAAACAAUUUCAGAUCUUACCACAGAAUUGAAUGAGAAGCAAAGUCAGCUGCAGGGAAAGAAAGAAUUGGAGUUGUCUUUAGAGGAAAAAGCAGAAGAAUCUGCCAAGAUUUCAUCUGAACUCAAUUUUUUGGAGAAGAGCUUGCAUUCUCUGCAUAACGAGUUGCAUGCUGAGAAAACUGUCAGAGAAAAGUUGGAGAAAACAGUUUCAGAUCUUACCACAGAAUUGAAUGAGAAGCAAAGUCAGCUGCAGGGAAAGAAAGAAUUGGAGUUGUCUUUAGAGGAAAAAGCAGAAGAAUCUGCCAAGAUUUCAUCUGAACUUAAUUUUUUGGAGAAGAGCUUGCAUUCUCUGCAUAACGAGUUGCAUGCUGAGAAAACUGUCAGAGAAAAGUUGGAGAAAACAGUUUCAGAUCUUACCACAGAAUUGAAUGAGAAGCAAUGCCAGCUGCAGGAUUCUGAUCUAAACAGACAAGAACUUGUCCAUCUAAAGCAAAUGGUGACAGACCUAGAAUUUGAAAAAUCAAGAAUCUCAGAUCUGCUAGAGAAAUCUGAGAAACAUCUUACAGAUGCUUUAAAAGAAUCUUCUUCAAUUAGUUGUCUGGAAACUCGGUUAUCUGAAAUGCAUGAAUUUUCCAUAGCUACAGAUGUUGUUAUGACUUUUACCGGUGCUCAGUUUGAGGAUCAUAUGGAGGAGCUAGCUGGGAAACUUCAUUCCACUUGCAGGCAACUUGAUGUGCUCCACAAGAAGAAUCUUGAUGUAGAAUCUGAAUUGGAUGGCUGUCUUUCAAGAGAACGGAUUUGCAUUGAAGAAAACACAAGAUUGUUGGCGAGUCUUGACUUCUUGAAAUAUGAGUUAGAGGACUUGACUGCUCAGAAUAGAGCACUAAUUGAUCAAAACAGUGAACUGAAGUCAGAGCUUAAGGAGCAUAAGAGUAGGAAAGAGGAGGUCAGCGAUACUUCUUAUGUGUGUGAAAGACAGAGUGUCCUCGAGGUUGCAAGGCUGGAGCAAUUGCUGGCAAGUUGUUGUAGAGAUGCUGAAGAACUCUUUUUGUCCAAGGAGGAAACUGAACUCGAGUGUAUAGUUCUCCGGGGCAAAUUGGAUGAACUGGAAAGUGCAUUCACUUCAUUAAAACAAUCAGAUGAUGAGCUGCUAAGGCUGCAGAACCAAUGUAAUGAACUUACCAAGAGGCUUGCUGAACAGGUUUUGAAGACAGAGGAGUUUAAGAAUUUGUCUAUUCAUUUGAAGGAACUGAAAGACAAAGCUGAGGCUGAGUGUGUUAAUGCCCAUGACAGAAGAGGACAUGAAGGACCACCGGUUGCUAUGCAGGAGUCCUUGAGAAUUGCAUUUAUCAAGGAACAAUAUGAAUCAAAGUUACAAGAACUAAGACAACAGCUGUCUUUGUCAAAAAAGCAUAGUGAGGAAAUGCUGUGGAAACUACAAGAUGCAGUUGAUGAAACUGAGAAUAGAAAAAAGUCUGAAGCUUCUCAAAUAAAAAUUAAUGAAGAGCUGGGAAUGAAGAUCUUGGAAUUGGAGGCUGAAUUGCAGGCUGUACUUUCUGAUAAACGCAAUUUGUUAAAUGCUUAUGACCUCCUACAGGCUGAAAAGGAGUGUUCAGCGAUAAGCCUUGACUGUUGUAAGCAAGAAAAGCAAGAACUUGAAGCUUCUCUUGUAAAAUGCAAUGAGGAGAAGUCCAAAAUUGAAGUAGAGCUUACAUUGGCGAAGGAAUUGGUUGAGACUUCCCGAUCUCAUGUGAAUUCUCUGAAUGAGGGCAAUGGUGCAUUCUCUUCAUUUAAUCCUCAAGAAAAUUCUACUUGUGCUGCUUGCAGUCAUGAGCCAGAGAGUGCAAGCAUCAAUAUGCAAUCCGAGGAUCCUCUUGCAUUUAGUGUUAUGAAUGGAUGCCAAACUCUUGGAACUGAAAAGGACUUGCAACUAGAAGAAGUAAUGAAGCAUGUGGCAUCAACUGAAAGUUUGAAAUCUAGCAUCGAUCACUUGAAUAAGGAGUUGGAAAGGAUGAAAAAUGAGAAUAUGCUUCCUUCAGUAGAUGGUCAAAGCCACGAGUCAAGUUUUCCAGGUCUGCAAAGAGAACUGAUGCAAUUACACGAGGCCAAUCAAGAGUUAGGAAACAUAUUCCCUGUUUUUGAUAAAUUCUCUAUCAGCGGUAAUGCAUUAGAAAGGGUGCUCGCUUUGGAGAUUGAGCUUGCUGAAGCAUUGCGGACCAAGAAGUCCUCAAACAUCCAAUUUCAGAGUUCUUUCUUGAAACAACACAGUGAUGAAGAAGCAGUAUUCAGAAGCUUCAGGGACAUCAAUGAGCUAAUUAAAGACAUGUUGGAACUAAAGACAAGACAUUCUGCUGUAGAGACAGAACUGAAAGAGAUGCAUGACCGUUACUCUCAGUUAAGCCUUCAAUUUGCAGAGGUUGAAGGUGAAAGACAAAAACUCAUGAUGACUAUUAAGAAUACAAGAGCAUCUAAGAAGGCUUCAAAUUAAUUCAUCAUCCUCCUUUUGGGACCAUUCUUAUAGCCACAGUAAGGAAGCAUUUUUUACCCCCCUGCACAGGCUAAUAAUAAUUCAUGCUCAAUAUAUUCGUGGCCCCAUCAUAUAUUCCAUUCUGUUAAUUAUAUAUAGAUAGAAGAUUAUGAUAUAAGGGGCUCCACAGCCAUAGCGAGAGGUUAUAUUUUUGCAAGGGUUGGUAUGGCAUUACAUCAUCUCCAAAGUUAAGCAGCAGAUAAUACUGUGUAAAUAAAAUAAUUUGUGUUAAGAAUCCAAGUAUAUAUCCCUGUAACAUCUUUUACCAGACCCUGAAUGCUGCAAUUGUUUUUUUCUGUACAGGAACAAGAACAAGAUUAUUUCUAUUUAAAAACAAUUUUGUGAAAA